UUGAAGUUUCUGAUCUGCAAUAAAACCCCCUUUGAAAGAGAAGAAGAAGAUACUCGAACUGUCCAGUGCUUCUUGUUUCUUCCUUCGUUAUUGAAACCAGAAUUUAUCUGAGAGUGUUUGCUUUUUUCCUGCUUCCAGAUCAAAGAGAGAAGAAGAAAGAAAUAAAAAGAGAAAGAAAAAUGAAUAGAAAUGUCGGAAGUGGAAGAGGUAUAACAAGAGGGAUGAUACCAUUGUUAGCUCUUCAUGCUGUGAAUGAAUAUUACAGAUUACCAAUUAAACCUCCUGUUACUGCUGGAUUAAUAGUAGCUAAUACUCUAAUCUACCUAAGACCUGGUAUUCUUCAUACACUUCUUCCAUCUAUUGAUCAAGUCUGGUUCAAUCCUCGCCUCAUCAUAAGGGACAGGGACCUUAAGCGUUUUUUCUUGUCAGCAUUUUACCACUUGGGUGAGUCGCACCUUGUUUUCAACAUGAUGUCACUCCUGUGGAAGGGGAUCCAGUUGGAAACUUCAAUGGGGAGCAUUGAGUUUGCAUCAAUGGUUGCUGCACUACUUGCAAUGUCCCAAGGAACCACGCUACUUCUUGCGAAAUCUCUUUUUCUAUUUUUUGAUUAUGAACAAGCUUUCAAGAAUGAAUACUCGGUGGGGUUCUCAGGAGUCCUCUUUGCAAUGAAAGUUGUCCUCAAUUCCCAAUCAGAUAACUACACUAAUGUGUAUGGACUCAUGGUACCUGCACGCCAUGCAGCAUGGGCGGAACUGAUCCUUAUACAGAUGUUUGUGCCAAAUGUGUCAUUCUUGGGUCACCUUGGUGGAAUACUCGCAGGGAUUCUCUAUCUUCGAUUGAAAGGUUCAUAUCAAGGUCCAGAUCCGCUUACUACAAUUAUAAGAGGUGCCAUGGGUAUAUUGAGCUGGCCACUUAAGUUUGCCCGUAAUUUGUUUAGAUUACGUCGACGUCAUAUUUCUGGCAGAGGACGGGUUGGUGGUGGUGGAAGUCGGACAGGGAGGAGUGUUACCGGUGGUUCAUGGAGAUGUCCAGCUUGCACUUACGAUAAUUUUGACAGGUUAAAUGUUUGCGAGAUGUGUGGCAGUGGAAGAACAGAUAACAACAGUAACAGCGUAGCAUUUUCUACUCAGUCAUCGUCAAAUAGGUCUCGCAGUGGAAACCUCUCUUUAGAAGAACUACGGCUUCGGAGAAUUGAAAGAUUUGGUAGAUGAUGAUUUUGACGUCAUCUGAUGGGAUGGUGGACAUAUUCCUUGUCCUUGAUAACUAAAACUAUGCUAUUUUAGCUUAGGAUUCAAUAUCCCUAUUGUCUAGAUGGAGGUGGACGGAUGGCAAGAUCAUGGAACAAUGUAAGAAAAUCACUUUUCAUCCCAGUCUCUAAACAUAUCAUAUCUUCUUUGUAAAGGAAAAUGAAAGAGUACCAUUGCAGUAAUUCUGUAGCAAGUGUUGACUGGGGAGGAAUUAAAUAUUGAUAGGAAUCCAGUAUCUUUCUGUGUUCACCUCUUUGUUUGGGCUUUUAUCUCAUUCCUGUUAUAGGGGCGGAGGGUUUUAUUAGAGGGGCGGAAGUGUGAUAAUGAUAAUAAUGUCCGUCUAGUUGGUUAGGGGAUGUCCUAUAGGGGUGUAAAUUGACUAGAUUAUCCUUUUCACCUUAAAAGGACUAAUUUACCCUUUC